AUGGCUGUUACCUCCGCUACGUCCGCCAUUAAUCCUUCAUCCGAUCUUUCCAGUACGACGACAGUGACCAGUAAACGCUCGCGCCCCACACCCUCAAAAACUUUCCAAUGUCGGAAUUACGGUGACUGUCGGAUGGUCUUUUCUCGUUCGGAGCAUCUCGCAAGACAUAUCAGGAAACAUACUGGAGAGCGACCGUUUACUUGUCACUGUGGAAAGAACUUCAGUCGUCUGGAUAACCUUCGACAGCAUGCGCAGACCGUACACGCCGAUAAAGCUGACCAGAAUGAACGAAUGAUGCGUGAACUAGGUCGAGUGCAUGCCACAAUGGCCGCAGCGAAUAAACAAGCGGCACAGGCCGCCGGAGUCCCUGCUCGCAGUUCUAGAGGAUCUCAGGACUCUACUAGCAAUAGCGCACGGCCAGGCCGUUCAAGAGCAAGACCUGGGACUUCGACGGGGUAUGAAGGCGCUGGAGGUGCCGAUGGUCUGGCGAUGCCCGCGAAUCAGCUUAAUCUAACUGGAUACCCUGAUCUUCCUGAUCCGUAUCUAGUACGGAAAAAAGAGCAGCGCGAAGAUGGUUAG